CCACCAUUCACCAAACUACAACCAACACAAAACCUGCACUUCAACCCGCAAGCCAUACCAUCAUUCUCGCAAGCUACACAUUAAUCUCACAAUGCACGACGAGCACCCGCACCCCCUCCUCGCCCAAGUCCCCCUCACAGUCUCCCCCUUCCUCUCGCUUCCCCACAGUGUGCCCCUGCCAUACUCUUACGUCACGCUCCCCUCCACACUUCCACCGUCCAUCCUGCAAACUAAUAAUUCCUCCGAGCCGCCGCAAUACGUGCAGUCUUCAAGCGGGCAAACAGCGCAUCCAGAUCAGAUCCUACGCAGCUGCACAGCGCUGCAAGAACACCUCGCCAAACUCGAAGCCGACGCGAGGAAGACGCUGGAAGAGCACAAAAAGCGGAGGGACGCAGAGGAGCUGGCGGAGAAGAGGAGGGUUGCGCCCGGGUGGUUGGAUAGUGGGGUGCAUAUACUGAAGCCAGAGAAUGUGGACGAGUCUACGCCUGUACCUGAGUCGCAGGGACAGGUGCAGCAAGCUCAGCGGCAUGAUCAGAGUCAGGGUGGUCAGUCUGGCGCUGGGCAGUCUCGCGAGGCGGAGGAGCUGGAUAGGGUGUUUGGGGGGUUGAGUUUGAACAAGUGAUGAUGGGUUUGAGGAAUUCUGGGUUAAGAGCGAGGAGUUUGGCGUCACGCAGUUGGAUGGGUGAGAUCAUGUCAACAUGGUCAUGUGGAUAUUUACAAUCAUUGUUACGUUCCAGCACAUAUCCUUUUGUCAACCGUCCCCUUGUUCUUACCGUAGCCUCAACCUUUCCCUUCAACAGGUAAACGGCCUCGGUCCCGG